CCGUGCGUACGCACAGAUGUGUGCGUAAUGGGUGCGUAAGAACGUUCCCACGCAAAGUAUGGGAUUUAUCAACUUGUACUUGUGCGUAGGAACAUGUGUAAAUUUAAGCACAACUCUUACCAUGCGUACACACAAAACCUAGUGGUAGAACAGUGAAAAAACCAAUAGAACACACAAAAAGAGUCACAGUGUUCAGCAAUCACAAACUUCACACAUGUUCCCUGUUUCCCCUAAUUGAUAAAAAAUCUCAAUUAGUAAAUUAGCAGACAAUUUGAAUAAUUGAUGUAACAAGUUAUAAAAGACAGCUGUGACAGGACAACCUGAAAAGAAAACUUGAAAUGCGAGUGCCAUGGCUUAUCUUGCACUAUUGGAAGAUUUGGAGAACCGUGCGAUCCGCAGGGAGCGCGUUUUCAAAGAGCGUGCUGACAGUGAGAGCACAGAGUGGCUUCUCAGCAGGUACCGCUUACCCAAAAACAUAUUGAUGGAUUUAUGCCGUGAUUUACAACCCAUGUUGGAGCGAGAGACAAAACGCACCAAAGCCAUCCCAGUGCACAUCCAGCUCCUGUCCACCCUGGGAUUUUUGGCCACCGGAACAUUUCAACGAGAGAUUGGAGACAUAUGCGGCAUUUCGCAGCCGACAUUAAGCAGAAUCAUGCCGGCAGUGUUGGAUGCAAUAAUUUCUCUGGCCCCAACUUACAUCCAGUUCCCAUACAGACAUCACCAACAAGCCGAAAUCAAACGAGGAUUUCAUGCUAUCGCCGGAUUCCCAAACAUAAUUGGAGCCAUAGAUUGCACUCAUGUCACAAUAAAAGCACCAUCACACAAUGAAUACAGUUACGUGAACAGGAAAGGAUUUCAUUCAAUCAAUGCGCAAAUAAUCUGUGAUGCAAAUAUGUCCCUGUUGAACGUUGUUGCCCGGUGGCCUGGAGGAACGCACGACUCAUUCAUUCUGCAGAACAGCUCUGUGGGUGUGCGUCUCCAAGCAGGAGCUGUUGAGGAUGGCUGGCUUAUUGGUGAUCGGGGAUAUCCACUGAAGCCGUGGCUAAUGACCCCCGUAACCUACCCGAGGACCCCACAGGAGCAGCACUACAACCGGGCCCAUGCGCGUUCAAGAACCAUCAUUGAACGCGCAAUAGGCCUGCUAAAAGGCCGAUGGCUGUGCCUGUCCAGCGCAGGGGGGGCACUUCAGUAUAAGCCUGAAAAAGUCUGCCACAUCAUUAUGGCUUGCUGUGUGCUUCACAACUUGGCCAUCAGACAAGGUGUCCCUCUGCAGGAACCCCCCAGAGCAGACGAGCCCAUGCCUAUCGCAGAGCCUGUCCCACCCCCUAAUGCCGCUGCCAUUCAAACAAGAGAGAGGAUCAUACAGAGAUUUUAG